AUGGCGGUGCCCGGCACUUUCCUCAUGCCCAUCCUCCUCCUCUGCAGGCUGAGCCCCAACCUUGCUGCUGCCCGCAGCCCCACAGGAGUGGAGUGUGUCCUCUUCAACGAGGAGUACAUGACCUGCACAUGGGGAAGCAGAGAGAUGCUGACGGCCAACUACUCCCUCUACUACUGGUACGAGAACAGGUCCCCCGUGGUGGAGUGCAAGCACUACCUGCAGGACCAGGGCGUCAGCAUUGGCUGCCACUUCAACCAGAGUGAGAUCAUCCAGUUCCAGCCUUUCCGUGUCCUCGUCAAUGCCAGCCUCGGCGGCAGGACCCUGGAGAUCCCCAGCAAGCGCAUGGAGCUGCAGGAUCUGGUGAAACCAGAGGCGCCCGUUAACCUGACCAUCCGCAACAUGAGCAGCAACCAGCUGCAGCUGACGUGGACCUCUCCGUACCCCAAAGCCCAGUGCCUGGAGCAUGCCGUCAAGUACAAGAGCAACAAGGACACCAGCUGGAUGGAGCAACGGGUGAAAGGAGAAAUCUUCUCCUUCCCCAGCGUGGACUAUGAGAAGUACUACACCUUCUAUGUGCGCAGCAAGAUCAACAGCUACUGCGGCAGCACCCAGCUCUGGAGCGAGUGGAGCGUCCCUGUGGUCUGGGGCAACAACUCCACCAGCAAGAGUGUAGUGGAGGAGCAGCUGCACUGGUUCUGGAUCCACACUGUCUUGAUCCCCAUUGCCUCCUGCCUGCUCUUGCUAGUCCUUGUCAUCCUGCUGGUGCGCAUGGAAAGGGUGUGGGUCAUCCUCAUGCCCCGAAUCCCCAACCCCAGCAAGAACUUUGACGAGCUCUUUGUCACCCACAAUGGCAACUUCCAGGAAUGGGCUGGAGUCCCCAAAGACAUCGUGGAGAGUUUCAAGCCCAACUACAGCGAGAACAUCUGCUAUGUGAGCGAGCUGCCACCCAAGGAGAGCUACGAGCAUCUCUGGGAAAGCAGCAACCACCUGCUGUCGCUGAUGCCCACGGCCCUGGCUGCCCCCUGUGAGCACAGCCCCUACAAGAGCACCUACGUGGGAGUGUGA